CUCCAGUCAAAAUAAAAAAGUAAAAACUUUCAAAUACACUUGUAAGAUUUUUCGACGAUUUUUCGACUUGUAGCGCCAAAUAUAAUGCAAAUACAUUUGCAAAAGUAGUAUCCUGUAGUAUUUGUUCAGAUUACGGAGAAUUUGUUGUUACUUAAGGACUAGAAAAAGAUGUGUGUAUCAUGAUAUACUCUCCAUAUGAUAUCUGAAAAGGGACUUCACAUAGAUAGUAGAAUGAAUAUACUGAAUAGCCAUUAGGCGCUCAACUACCUCAUCUUCCCAGUGACAAUGUCCAGGUUUAGUAGACUAUCUCUUCCAUCCAAGAAGUUCUUUGUGAAGCAGUUAACAGAAGCUGUAGAGCAACAGAAUGGUGCCUUAGAUGCUAAGGUCCAUCAAUGGAGUGUAAUUGCUCAUUCGAAACACAUUGAUUUCAGCAUUGUCUGGAUACAAGGGACUGUUAUAUCAGUUGACAGACCCAGGGACACAUUGAUUAUAGAUGAUGACACUGGCACAAUAGAAGUUGUAGGAUUAAGUAAACUUCCUCAGGGGUGCCCAACAAUUUCCAAGGGGAGCUACAUAAUGGUGAUUGGGGAGCUGAUCCAAAGUGGAAGAAAUGCCUCAAUUCAUGCAAUCAAGAUUCAAGAUAGAUGUCGGUCAAAGAAAGUUGAGAAUUCUUGGAUUCUAGAAGUCAUUGAUUCUCAACAGCUGACCUGAACUGUGUAAUGAUGAAAUUACUUUACUAAAGUACUAAAUUGAAAACUCCAGUUGACUUGAUUUUAACUGGGAUUGACCAGAGAAUGUAGCAUUUUGAAUUGAAUGUAAAAUGUCAAUGCCAUGCAAUGAGAUAGAGGAAUUUCAUACCUUCUGGUCCAAAAAAUCUUUGCAUCACCAUGCAAUGCUUAUAACUUUUGAUAAUGGACAAUUUCAUACUUUCAGGGUUUGAUGCCUGAAGAUGUGUGUAAAAGGGUAAUAUAUAUGGAUUACUGAAAAAACCACUAAAAUACUGUCUCACAAAAUGGAGAUUACAGACCAGUUAUAUUAUAUUGACAAUUGUAUAUAUUCAUUCAUGUAUAUGUAAUGUUAACAUUAUCAUACAAUUGUUUUAUGUACAGGUCAAAGAAAAUAAAUAUCAUGAGUAUC